UUUCACGCGCGUUCGUCUUCGAAGUUCUCUCUCCUUCCUGGCUGGUUAUACGUUCCUCUCCUGGCCAUUCUUGGACCACUUUCAUUCUCUCUGCGCUCUCGGACUGUUUUGGAUAUACAUCGGCGGCCCCACAGACUUCGUAUUUAUUUUGUUCCUUGCGCAUUGCAACAUCGACAAAUUGCCAGGCGCUUCCAACGCUUGCUAGGCCGGCCCGAGAUUCUUCGGCACUUUGAAAUGAUGAUAACAAAAACUUUUUCCUUGACAAACUUUGUCAUCGGAUCGUCUGCGCUCUGUUUUCAAAUCUUCGUUCUCUAUCCAUGGCACGAGAAGCUUGAAGAGGAGUUUGUCCAGCUAAAGAAGGAGCACGCGACGUUGUUGGAGGAGAUGCAUCAGAAUCACAGGAGUGAGUUGAGGGGUAUACGGGAACAGCUGGAGUUGGCAAAUGAGAGGAGGAAGACUGGACGAUUUUGGUAAGCGGC